UAUUUGGGUUUUUGCCGAGUGCUGGGAUUGAAAGCAAACCGCCCAGUGGAUGUUAGGUCUUUUGUUAUUGUUGUGCUACUUUGAGACAGGAUGCUGCUAUAAGCCCCAGACUCAGCAUCAAACUGCUUCUGCCCAGGAUUGAUCUUUAAUCGGCCUUUGAAGUUUAGUUGACAUAAUUGCCUUUAUUGUUUCAGAGAUGCACAUAACAAUAACAAUCUAUAGUGAAACAAUAGAAUUUUGUUCUUCACAACUUCUGCAAUUCAGUAGGUUCGGCUUCCAUCUGUAUAAACCCGGGGAACUAGAGUCACAGCUGCAGAAGACGCUAAAGCGAUCGUCUUCUUGCCUUUCUGUAUUUGGAGAAUUAGCCAAGGCUGCCCUUGACUCUCCUACCUCACCCACUCGAGUGCUACAGUCACGGGAAUAUGCGACUGAAGAAGCACAACACCUACACUUCUUACUGGGCUUUGAAAUUCAAGCCCCAACGCCCACAGCCUGUGAGUGGGCGGAGCCUCAUCCUGAGGAAAACUCGGCGGUGGGAGGGGUCUCCUCUGGAAGAGUUUCCGGAGCCUUUCGGGCAGAGGCGGAGUCUUCUGCCGAGGGCCCUUCGGAAAGAGGCGGAGCUUAACUCGCAUCAGGACCAGUCCGACUGCACCUGCAUCCUUAGCUCAGAGCAUCCCAGGAGCAUCUAAGAGGAAAGCGCAGCUAGCGACCAGGGAUCCGACUGUCGCAGGGACAGUCUGCCAGGCACCCCCCCUCCCCUGAUCUGGAGGUCUACAGCUGCGGCCUCGGUACUGACCGAGAUUCCCAAAGUUGUCUGACCUCUGCAAAAGUGUGGCUACCAACAGCCUCUGGUUACAACAUGGCUGAGAUCACAAAUAUACGCCCCAGCUUCGAUGUGUCACCAGUGGCCGCUGGCCUCAUCGGGGCCUCUGUGCUGGUGGUGUGUGUUUCUGUGACUGUCUUUGUGUGGACAUGCUGCCACCAGCAGGCAGAGAAGAAGCACAAGACCCCGCCAUACAAGUUCAUUCACAUGCUGAAAGGCGUUAGCAUCUACCCAGAGACCCUCAGCAACAGGAAGAAAAUCAUCAAAGUUCGGAGAGACAGAGAUGGUUCCCGGAGGGAAAGUGCGCGAGGGAACCUGUUAGUAAAUGCGGCAGAGUCUGGCCUGCUGAGCCAAGAAAAGGACCCCAGAGGGCCUAGCUCUGCAUCUUGUAUCGACCAGUUACCCAUCAAAAGAGACUAUGGGGAAGAACUGAGGAGUCCCAUGACAAGCCUGACCCCUGGUGAGAGCAAACCCACCUCCCCAUCCUCACCAGAGGAAGAUGUGAUGCUCGGAUCCCUUACCUUCUCGGUGGACUAUAACUUUCCCAAAAAAGCUCUGGUGGUGACAAUCCAAGAGCUGCCAGUGAUGGAUGACCAAACCCAGGGCUCUGACCCCUACAUCAAGAUGACGAUCCUUCCUGACAAGAGGCACCGAGUGAAGACCCGUGUGCUUCGCAAGACGCUGGACCCUGUAUUUGAUGAGACCUUCACCUUCUACGGCAUCCCGUAUAGCCAGCUACAGGACCUGGUGCUACAUUUCCUUGUGCUCAGCUUUGAUCGCUUCUCUCGGGAUGAUGUCAUCGGGGAGGUCAUGGUGCCACUGGCUGGAGUGGACCCCAGCACGGGCAAGGUUCAGCUGAUCAGGGACAUCAUCAAAAGGAACAUCCAGGCACUGCCCUAGUCUGUUUGGGGCCAAGACUCCUCCCUGGAGGUUCCAACUGCCCUGUAAGCUGCACACUGUAGACACCGUCCUCUGGACAAUGCAGCUAAGGGAAACCUGCACUCCGAGGGGUCAGCUCCACUCACCUGGUGGGGUGAUGCUGGUCUCUACUUCUGGAGCAGUCUUGGGUGAGGCCAAGGCAGAAGGGGGCUUCUCAGCAGCAUCUCCAACUGCGUCACCAGUCACUUCUUCCUCUUUCCGCAAGGCUUCCAUCCCUUCCGCCGCCUCCUCCUCUUCCUCUUCUGGCUCAGAGUUCUCCUCCUGGGAGUUCUCUUCCUCAGACUCACCCUCCUGACUCAUGCUCCUUUCAGAAGCCAGCCAGGUCAGUUUCUCCAUUGUUUCCUAAAAGCACCCCAGAGGAUGUUCACAAGGGCUCCUAGCAGCUCCCAGAAGGCCCAAGCACAGGGGCAGUGUCAGGAGGACCUAUUAAGGCAGGGCCACGACUCUGAGGGUACUGAGGCCAGGAUGGGCAGCAGACAGGCCUAUGAGAGGCUGCCUGACUUCCUGAAGACAGCUUUCCUCUGCCAUGACACACACUCAGGAGCUUUUGAACCUCUUCUAUCGUCUUCUUCCUCCUCGUCCUUCUUCUUCCUUCCUUUCUGUUGUUGUGUUUUGGUUGUCAUUGUUCACUGAUUCUUUUCUGCAGAGUUGGGGAUUGAAACAAGGUCUUGCACAGGUCACGGAUAUGUGCUAUUACAUGCCUAUUCCUCUAUUUCUUAAGAGUACUUUAAAUUUUGUUUUUUGAGAUGGGGUUUUUUGUGUAGCAUUGAAUGUCCUAGAAAUAGCUCUGUAGACCAGUCAGGCCUGAAAUUCAGAUAUCUGCCUGACUCUGCCUCCCAAGUGCUGGGAUUAAAGGCAUGACCGGAAUGGUCUAAUUUUGUUUCAGUCAUUAUAUUAUAACUGUUUUGUCUGUACCUGAUCUGUGCACUACAUGACUACAAAGGCAUGAAGAGGGCACAGAUCCUCUGGAACUGGGGUUACUGUGGCUUGUGAGCAGCCAAUGGGUGCUGGGACUCAAACUAGGUCCUCUUGAGGAGCACCAAGAAUUCUUUUGUUGUACUUGUUUUUGUCUGUUUGUUUUGGGGGUUUUUGAGACAGGGUUUCUCUUGUAGACCUGGCUAUACUGGAACUCCCUCUGUAGACCAGGCUGGCCUUGAACUCCUGAGAGCUGGGAUUAAAGACCUGCCCUAUCACUGGAGGCACAAAAACUGAUCUUAACUGUGGAGUCAUCUUCUCCCCUUCACAUAUUAUGUUUUAAGCCUACUUAUGUCUGUUGGCAUGCGAUGGGAUACACACAUACCUAGGCACCCAUGGGAGGGGAUCAGAGGAUAAACUGUACCAAUCAGUUCUCUCCUUAUACUAUGUGACCCCAGGAUAUGCACAAACGCCGUUAAGGAUGGCAAAUGGUACAUUUUACCUGUGGCCUCCUUGUGUGUUUAUUUGGCAUUUAAAGAAUUAAGGGGUCAGUGACAUGGUCAACAGGUACAGACGACUGUUGUCAAGCCUGACGGCCUAACUCAAUUCCUGGGACACACAUGAUGGAAGGAGAUGACCACCUCCUCCUGUUCCUCUGACCUCUACACACAUAAAACCUCAUGCACACACUCACAAAUGAAAUAACUGUAAAAUUGAAAAAAAAAAAAAAACAAUGAAAUACGCUCAAGUGACUCAAAUGAACAAUGAAACGAGCUUACCCCAAAGAGAGUGUUCCCGUUCCAUGGCACCUGACACAAGCCUCUGCACUACGCUCCAUAAUGCAUUCACAAGUCAGAUAACCUUAUGACUCCCACAUUAAAGUAAUAUCCUAGUGACCCUAACUACUGCAGCUACUCUGGUUCUUACCUGCAGCUCUGGGACAGAAAGCACGGACUCCUCAGAAGCUGACGACAGUUCAUCUUCUUCAUCUUGGGUGAGGUCAUCAAACUCCUCCUCCUCUUCAUCCUCAGGUCCGUCUCUCUCUCCUCCAGGGUCUGGUCCUGCCGGGGUCCCCACGCACUUCCCUGGAGGGCUGCUAAGCAGCGGCUCCUGCUCCAUGCAGGGUGCAGUGCGUUCAGACAAGCCUUUGCGUGCACCUCCUCUUGUACCCCCCUCCUCAGCCGAGGCUUGGGACACAGAAAGGGAUGCAGCUGCUUGAGCCUCCUCUCUCUGCACGACUGCUGCCUUUCCCAUCUCUCUAGAACAACUCAGCUUCCCCUGAUGGGAGCCACUGUGUAAUUCCAUAGAGUAUUCUUCCUUCACCUUCUCACCAAAGCCCUGCUCAGGGAACCUGCUGCGGAUUUCUCCCACACAAUCCUCAGCUUCCAUCUUGACCAUUUCUUCUAAAUCUUUCGAUGUGGAGUUCAGAGAUUCCUGGAGACGCUGAGGAAAUGCCCCUAAAGCUAGCCCAUCCUGCUCUGUUUUCACAACUGUCCAGGCACAGGUACUCGAUUCUGAAGAUGUCUCCUGGGUUUCUGUUUUCACAACUGUACAGCCACAGGCCCGUGAUUCAGAAAAGCCUUCCAGACUUUCUGUUUUCACAACUGUCCAGUCACAUGCACUGGAUUGUGAAGAUGUCUCCUGGCUUUCUAUUUUCACAACUGUCCAGUUACAGGCUCUCGGUUCUGAAGAUGUCUCCAGGCUUUCUGUUUUCACAACUGUCCAGUUACAGGCCCUCGAUUCUGAAGAUGUCUCGGGGCUUUCUGUUUUCACAACUGUCCACUUAAAGGCACUUGAUUCUGAA